CAGUGUCCUGGAAGAGGCGGGACGUUUCCUCUUUGGCUUUGCCCAGUCCGGAUGUUCCUCAGUAGCGAGUAAAGAGCAGCAGUGUGAAUGUGGCAACCGAGGUAGACGGGGAGGGGUGGAUAGGUUGACCAGAACAGGGUUUUUGUCUUUUUUCUUUAUUUUUCUUCAUUCAAGGAAGCUGUUGUAUACAGUUUAUAUUACACCACGGCCGUAAACUUGUCUGUAGUGCAAAAAAAUCCCGGUCGCUGCUGCUUUUCUUUUGGAGUAACCGGUAACGUUAUCGUUGUGAAAACAGCCCAGAAGAAAGAAGGAAAAGGAGGAACAACAUGGGGCGAUAAUAAAAAAAGGUGUUGUGUUGUGAACCGACGAUGACUCUCUGGAAGGAUCCGUGAAGCUAAUUUAUUUGUAUUUAUUCCCCCUCUCCCUUUUCCCUUGUGUCAUUUUUUUUUUGUUUUAUUUUUACGUUUUCUCCUCCCCUGCCACUUUGGGGGGUGGGGGGGAGUUGUAUUUUAAAGGAAAGGGCAACGUUAUAAGAGGACUGAAGGAUGGACCAAGCCGGCAUCCUGAGAAAGUUUAUCGAGGGGGUGAAGGACAUGAGCGAGAGGGGAGAGGACAACUUCUGUAGCGACUUUAUGCGGUUACGGAGGUUAUCAACCAGAUACAGGAUAGAGAAGACCUACACUACUGACAUAGGAGAGCGGGAGGAGAAUAUCAAGAAGAACAGAUAUAAAGAUAUACUACCAUUUGAUGACAGUAGGGUGAAGCUGACGUUAAAAACAUCCAAUCAGGACACAGAUUACAUCAAUGCUAACUUCAUCAAGGGUAUAAAUGGCUCAAAGGCCUAUAUUGCAACUCAGGGCCCACUGCCGAACACUGUCAUCGACUUCUGGCGGAUGAACUGGGAGUACAAUGUAGCUGUUAUUGUAAUGGCUUGUCGAGAGUUUGAGAUGGGAAGGAAAAAGUGUGAGCGGUAUUUCCCGCUGCAGGGGGAGGAACCCAUGAAUUUUGGCCCUUUCAGAAUCUCCUGUGAAUCUGAGCAGGCCAGAACUGACUACUUCAUCAGGACUCUGAUGGUGAAAUGUGAAAAUGAAACUCGGAGGAUAACACAGUUCCAUUAUAUGAACUGGCCAGAUCACGAUGUCCCCUCAUCAUUUGACUCCAUACUGGAUAUGAUCAGACUAAUGAGAGAAUACCAAGAGAAUGACGAUGUCCCUAUAUGUGUGCAUUGCAGUGCAGGCUGUGGGAGGACAGGUGCUAUCUGUGCUAUCGACUACACAUGGAAUCUCCUCAAAGCUGGGAAAAUUCCAGAAGAUUUUAAAGUUUUUCAGUUGAUUAAAGACAUGAGGACACAGCGACACUCUGCUGUUCAGACCAAGGAGCAGUACGAGUUAGUUCAUAGAGCAAUCGCUCAGCUCUUUCAGAAACAACUGCAAAUACUGGAGAGCUCCACAAAUGCGCAGAUACAUGAUGGCAUGGAUGAAAGCAGCCCAGAGAAAGCAAGCAACCAGUCAGAUGAUGAGAGAUGGGACACACCACCGCCCAAACCUCCCCGCAUACGCACUUCCCACACAGAGGGUGAUGUGAAGGAGGAGAUUCUUCAGCCCCCAGAACCUCACCCCGUACCACCCAUUUUGACCCCCUCUCCCCCCUCAGCUUUCCCCACUGUCACCAACGUACGACAGGACAAUGACCGCUAUCACCCCAAACCUCUCAUACACAUCCUGGCUAGUACACAUCACAAUGUGACAGAGAAUAAAGACAUGGACCAGCAGCAGAACCAGUCUGAUCCCAGUCCAGACAAGGAGACCAGUCCAUCAGAGCAGAAAGACAAAGAUCUACAAAGUCAAAAACAACAAACCCAGGUCUCAAAUCUGGAUCUGAACGACAACUACAACAACAAAUCGUCCUCAGCAUCAACAAAAUCAGAAUCAGGCCAAAGCCAGACCCAGACUUCCUGCUCCCCAGCCUCUCCGGUUGUUGAAUGUUCUGGUGCUCCUCGGAUUGAGAGGAAGCUCAGCAUUGAGAUUAAAAAAGUGCCGUUGCAGGAAGGACCUCGUAGCUUCGACACUUCAUCCUCGAUUAGUGUAGCAGGUGGGCAUGGCAGCAGUUCAGUAAAUAGCACGAGUGUGCUACAUAGAUCCCACGCCUUCAAAGCUCGCACUGGCCAAUCCCUGCUGACAUCUAGCUCCUCGCUGUCGGAGGACUCGGGCACAGAGGGAGUAGCAGGUGGGGAGAGUCAUGCAGACAGAGGCAUUCUAGCCAGACCAAACCACCUCCCCGUGAAGAGUGGAGAGAAGGGGGAAGCACAGGGAGGGGAGAGAGGGGAGAUGAAAGCUGGCCAUGCAACUUGGGCUCAACCUUGCAACACACUGGAAAAACAGUUCCCAAAGACCUCCUCUUCUUCUUCUUCCUCGGAACGCGCCGCUGCAUCCUCAUCCUCCUCCUCUCACCUCUCCUCCUCCUCCACUCCUGUUAGGACUGCCCUGAGUUUCACAAACCCCCUGCACUCCGAUAAUUCAGAUGAGGAGGGGGAUGGAGAGAUGUUUGGAGGAAAGGAGGGUUAUUGUACUAAUAUAUCCACAGCAACCACCAUGGUAGCUGCAGUUCCUCAUCAUGGAGACCAGCAGCCACUCAGGAAGGUGUUGCCCAUGUUGAUCGCAGGGCAGGGCUCUUCAUUACCUUCUGCAGCCAUAGAAAACUGCUGGGACAGCGAUGACUCCCCUCCCCCCCUCCCUGAGAGAACCCCUGAGUCCUUCGUACUGGCCACAGAUCCUUUGGAAGUGAGAACAUCAGCCUCAGCUGAAUGGAGUGGUUCACACAAAGUUGUGUCAGACUGCGUCAAGAAAACCUCUCCAGCUGACCCUGCAUCUGCUGGCACUACAGCAACAGACAGCAAAGCAGACCUGGGUGGGGUUCGGUAACCGCUGCGUUCAGCCCAAAGGCCCCCGAGACCCCCCUCUGGAGUGGACAUGAUGGACCUACCCAUCUGCUCGUCCACCAACAGUGUUCUUAGAUGGACUAUACCGAUCUCACCUGGCUGGUCCAAACCAUGCUGAUAGAUGCUACACAGACAGACAGACAGACAGACAGCGCAUUUUUACAUAGAGAAACCUUCAAGUGUAACUCUGUGCCAACAGCUGGUGAAGGCUGAGCUUCUCCUCCUCCUCUUCUUCCUCCUCUUCCUCAGUCAAAGUGCCACUGUGCAAAUCAGAAGAACACUUCCUGAUCCAGGUGGCUUGUCCAUUUUAGUACAAACAUUCUUCAACAUGCUAAUUUUAAAGGUUUCGACUUUUCUAGAUGCUGGACCUUGGAUCAGUCACCUGGCUUCCCUUUUAAUGGUUAAAGGAUAAUUCCUGUUUUUCCAUGUUUUUUUGGUGAAUAGAAAUAGUUGGAAAUGAAAACUGGCUGGCUAAAUGAAGAGAAAUAUAGAUUUGACCUUUACAAAGAGUGUUCUUCUUACGGAAUACUUUUUAUACCAAAUGAGAAAAAGUCCAUUUUUUUUGUCUUAAAUCAGGAAUUAUCUUUAAUCAGAAAAGAGGAUUCCUGAGUUUCAACUAAACUCCUAGAAGGUGUCUGUUUCCUCCUACUAUGAACAACAAUCUUCAAAGUGAACCUUGAUAAUCUGUUGCCCAUAAUGCAACCCUUUCUCUUGGUUAUGUGCAGGUUGCCACGGUGCUCUCUUUCUUUUUCUGUAUUUCUAUCUGCUCUCCCUAUGUGUGUGUGCUGGUUGCUGCAUAACAAAGGAUCAAUCAUAGAAACACUGAGACUAGAGCUGACUCACCAACAUUCACCUCUUUCUCACUUCCUGUUUUUCCUGUAAGAUUUGUUCCUGUGCUAGCUGCAGUAAUGUCAGCUCUGGUACUUUAUAUUUCUGUGCUGACCUCCCUGUUUCCCAGAGUCAUGGACUGACAAAGUUUAGUCAUUGCUGUCAUCAGUAGCUGCCAUGUUGUCCAGAAUCCUGCUCUGUCGCUUUUAAAGCAAUAGUUUAGCAUUUUUGGAAAUAUCAUUAUUGCUGUUUUUGUGAAGAGUUAGAUGAGAAGACUGAUGAUAAAUAUGAAUACGGACUGGAAAAAAGAAUGUAAAGCUGAGACCUUGAAAACUGAAACUGAGUUGAUGCAACAUGCUGAUGAUCUCAAAUUACGAGUUGUACCGGGAUUUAUUAUUCUCCCUCUUAUUUCCUUUUUGUCUCUGAUUGAUCUCAUCUCACUCUGCCUUUGGGAAUCCUGACUUUCAGGUUGGAACCACUGGCUUAAAAAUAACAGACCACUUUUUAAUGCUACACCAGAAAUGUUCCUAUUUCCAGUCACAGCAGAGUUAACAAACAUUGAAGCACAUCAGUGAUGACCCAACUUGUCAGCACUGUGACUCUGGCUCUCACUGCUGGGACCAUGAGCCGGCCUUAGUCUGCCUCUCAGAAAAGACAACCAAUGACAGGCGUCUUCUUAUUGGGUUUUUGGCUACUCUUGGUCUUUACUAUUUGAGACUCAUAAAACCUGUUUAUUUCUUUUUCUGUUGUUAUCCUUUUGUUUUUGUUCUCAUUCUCUAUCUGGUUGGUGAGGUCCCAAGAUGAAUGACCAAGCACGUUUUUGUUAUAGCAGCCAUUUUACUCAUGAUAAACCUCAGUGUUUGUGAAUGUUACACACCAUCUGAAACUUUUAUGGGACCUGACAGAUUCAUAGAAAACCUGCACCGUUCCUCUUCAAAUCUGACUUGUUUGUCAUCUGACAGCCAAAUCAUACCUCACCUGCUUCUCUAUGUGUGAGACAAUGAGACAACAGAAGCUAGGGACCCAGGACUACUCCUAAUUUUUUCUGUUCACUGCUAACUUCUCAUUCAUUACCAUAACUAUACAGUAUAUAAUUUUUAAGAAAGAUAAAGAACUGUACAGAGCAGUUUAGGUAUAUAUUUCUUUUUUGGCUAUCUUUUGAAUAUUCUUAACAGAAGAUGUAAGAAAGUCAGUGCAUGAUGUUAAUUCCUCUCCCCUACAUAGUGUUUCCCUUCAAACUGUAAAUUAUUCAGGGUUUUGUUUUUUUUAUGUUUGAAUUAUAUGCUUAAAAGAUUUUUUGGCAGAGGAAAGCAUAGACUGCCAGCUGGCCCCCUUUCAGGUGGCUACAAUAGGCUCCAGAUAAGAUUGUAAUAAUAUUAAUGAUGAUGAUAAUAUUAAUUGUUUUUGUAAACAGUAUUUUAAAAGUUAUUUUUGUAUACACAGUUGUUUGUUGCAUCACAAGCUCCCUGCUCCCCCUUCAAACCCCUACUUCUCUUCUUAUGUACUCCCUUCACCUCUACAUCUUUUUAGUUUUUAUUCAUCUUUCACACUCUUUGGCUCCUUUUUCUGUCUCUCAGCUUGGUCUUUCAGUGCAAAAUAUGCAACAGAGAUGACUCUCCUGCUCUGGACCAGGAGAGUCUCCAUUGUUUCCCUUCUUUCACCUCGUUCUUAUUUCCACUUCUGCCUUCUGUCUUUUGUUUUCCACCCUCGUUUCUGCCUCUUUGUCAAAAGGCAUUAAUUUUUAACAUGUCCACUCACUUAAUUAUCUCUUAACUUGGUGGUUCAAAGCAACAUAAUACACCCAUAAACAGACUCAUCAAUGUGUUGAGAAAAUGCAUUCUCUAACUUUUUUGUAAUUUCUCGUUUUGUUUUCCUCAGCCUUCAUUUCUGCUUAUCCACCACAUAACCUUCUCUCUAUCCCCCAUCACAUGCCUCAAUUUUCAAAAAAGCCCACCUGUGCCUUUAAGAGAGCCUGCCCUCCCAUUAUUCCUUCUCUUCUAAUCAUCAUUAGUAGCGUGAGUGAGAGCAUUGUGAUUUGCUGCUGAAUGCUCAUCACCUCCUGUGGGACUCUCAUUCAGCCACAUACCAUCCCCCUGCUGUCACACACAAAUUGUCUGUAUGUUGCAGAAAUCAAUCAGUAAAAAUGAACAUAA